AUGGAAAUGAUAAUAAUUUUCUUAUUGUCUUUGUUAUUGAUUUUUGGGUUUGUGGCAUUUGCUUCUAAACCAUCUCCUGUAUACGGGGGUUUAAGUUUAGUGGCUAGUGGGGGUUUGGGUUGUGCAAUCAUUGUAAGUUUAAAUAGUACCUUUUUAGGUUUGGUUGUGUUUUUGGUUUAUUUAGGUGGUAUGUUGGUGGUGUUUGGUUAUACUGCAGCUAUAGCUACUGAGGAGUAUCCUGACAGUUGAGUAGGUAAUUUGGUAGCUUUUGGUAUAUUAUUAUUAACUUUACUUAUGGAAGUAAUUUGAUUUAUAAUGUCUGGGGAAGUUGAGGUUAUUACAGCUAUUGAAUUAUUUGAUUCGGUGGGUAAUUAUUGUGUAGGGCAGGAUUGGAAUGGGGUAUCUUUAUUGUAUGGUUGUGGGGGGUGAGCAAUAGUACUGUUAGGGUGAAUUUUGUUUAUUACUAUUUUAGUAGUUUUAGAAGUUAUUCGAGGUCUUUAA